AUGUGCCGUUUAAGAUAUCGUUGCCACUUUAUCAACAUGAGCGUGACAGAACAGCAGAAAGCAUAUCAUUUGAGAAAAUUCCGAACACGGUUCCAUAGAAUGGAUCAGAACCAAGAUGGCUACAUCUCACGUGAGGAUUUUGAGCUCAUGGCCAAAAGAUUCGUGGAAAAUACAAGUGGAAUUACCAAGGAGAGAACUGAACAAAUAUUUGCCGAAUUCUUAAAUAUUGCUGAUGCCAUUGAUCUAAAACCUGGCGUGAAAAUGCCGUUCGACGAAGCAGCUAAGAUCGCAAGUGACAGCUAUUUGUCCCACACUAUCAACAAUCCUCAAGAAGUGCAUCAGUUCUUGUUUGAUUGCAUUGACACAAACAGCGAUGGCCACAUAAGUAUCGAGGAGUUCAAAGCCUACUUCAAAAUUUUAUGUCACGAUAUAACUGAAGAAGAAAUGAAGCAUUCUUUCGACACCAUUGAUUCAGAUGGCAACGGUGAAAUCAGCCGCGAGGAGUUUGUAGCAGCAUCAAUCGAAUUCUACUUUGGUGUAGAAGAAACAGAGGUAUCGAAUGUGUUUUAUGGAAAAUUACUGCCUUGCUGA